AUGGGGGGGUGAGCCCCGUCCCAACCUCCCUUCUUCUCCCGGAAGUGGAGCUUCCACUCCGGAUUGCUGCUCUGCUCCGUAGCUCUAGGGGGGGGCGCUUUCGGAAAGGGGAGGGAGGAGGCAGAGGACCCCCCCCGUGGAUGUUGCAGAAAAGGAAAGGAGAAUCGGGAGGGAGGACAAAGAGGUAAAGGGGUCGCCGGGGGAGAGGGGGGUGAGGACCCAGAGACCCCCGCCAGCUCCCCCAAGCGCCUUCCGUGGGGCCUGGAUCCCGGCACGCGUGCUGCGAAGGGGCGGACAUGGGGCGCCCACCCACGAGGACUCCCUGGCCCCGUUUCCCCCGCGCAGGCAUCCCUGGGGGGCGGAUAGAAGCGGGCCAGGAAAGGGUUAAGGGGUGCGGGAGGCGCCGGGAUAGAGACCCCCCUGUCCCUCCCCAUGUCGUCUUGGGGGCCCCCUCCGAAUGGAGAGAUGGGGGCGCAUGGCGAGGGGUGAGCCAAGGGGGCCCUAGGGGGGGCCAAGAGCGGGGGUAGGAGGGGGCACCCCCGGGAAAAGGAAGCGCAGCAUUGGAGGGGGGGAGAUAGCCGGAGGGGCCGCCUUGGCUUCUCGCUCCCGCCCAGGAAUCGGGCACCCCCUCAAGGCGACCAGAGAGGGAUCCCUGGAAAGUGGGGGUCCUGUCCCCCCACCCUUCCUUCCUUCACCCCAUAAUCCCCUGCCCUGUCCAGACGCAGCAAUUCUGCCCAGUCCAGCCAUUGGUCCCCUGGAGAGGAGAGGAAAUCCCGAGAGGAAGGGGGGAGGGGGGAGGCCUUCUCAGAAGCAACUCUAUGUUUCUGCAAUCCCCCCCAGGAAGCAGCCAGAAACCUUUUCCUCUCUCUCAGGCUUCCAUCUUUAGUGUCUUUUCCACUGCCUGGUUCAUUGAGGAUGAGGAUAAUGUACACCUGUCAUCAGAAACAGGGGUGCAGAGUUCAUGGAAUGGUUCUCAGGGCUGAUACAGAAGUUGCACCUCAAAAGCAUUUCUGUUCCUCUUAUUCUUUGUAGCCAAUGUCAGAGUGACUGCCAAGCUGAGAUACAAUCCAUCAGCAUCCGAUCACAGUGACUGCAUGAAUCUUUCCAGUCAAUGGACCCAUUUUCAUGAUAGACAGUGCCUGUGGCUGGAGGCUCUACACACCGGGUGUGCCUGUGCAGGCCAAAGACUGCCAGUAUUAGCAAAGGUGAGGUGUGUGACCUCCCCAAAUGUACAGACUGUAUGUGAAUGAGAGUUAGUGGGUGGGAUUAUAAUUUACCGCAACCCUGUGAUUAUCUCCACCCAUAACAUUUUGCGAGCUGAUAUUGCAGUAUGAAUUCCAAAAUAACUGCAAAAAAUCACAUGAUAAUAAUAAUAAUAGUACAGUGGUACCUCGGGUUAAGAACUGAAUUCGUUCUGCAGCUCCGUUCUUAAUCUGAAACUGUUCUUAACCUGAAGCACCACUUUAGCUAAUGGGUCCUGCUGCUGCCGCCGUGCGAUUUCUGUUCACAUCCUGAAGCAAAGUUCUUAACAAAAGGUACUAUUUCUGGGUUAGCAGAGUCUGUAACCUGAAGCACCUGUAACCCGAGGUACGACUCUAGACAUUAUAGUAUUAGUAUUUUCCCCCAGCCACUCUGGGCAGCUUACAGUACAUAUAGGUAAAGGUAUAGGGACCCCUGACCAUUAGGUCCAGUCGUGGCUGACUGUGGGGUUGCAGCGCUCAUCUCGCUUUACUGGCCGAGGGAAACGCCGUCUACCUUCCUGCCGGAGCGGGACCUAUUUAUCUACAUGCACUUUGACAUGCUUUCGAACUGCUAGGUUGGCAGGAGCAGGGACCGAGCAACAGGAGCUCACCCUGUCGUGGGGAUUCAAACUGCCGACCUUCUGAUCGGCAAGCCCUAGGCUCUGUGGUUUAACCCACAGCACUACCCACAUCCCUACAGUACAUAUACAAGACAGUAAAACAUCAAACUUUAAAAACCUCCUGAUACAGCUAUCUUCUAAAUGUCAGAUGGUUGCCUACCUCCUUGCCCUCUGAAGGGAGGGCAUUCCAUGGGGCAGGAGGCCCUCUGCCUGGUUCCCUGGAACUUCACUUCUAACAGCAAGGGAACCAGCAGAAGACCCUCGGAGGCGGACCUCCCUGUCCGGACUGAGCGAUGGGGGUGAAGAUGCUCCUUCAGGUCCACAGGGCCGAGGCUGAGGAGGGCUUUAGGCUGCAGAUCUUGCUCCUCCAUAAUGAUCGAAGACAGAUAAGCAUGACAGGACCCAAAAAAUAGCAAAAAUGUAACUCACAGUAAAACUCUGACUUAGCAUUCCAAAACAGCACUCAAGUAAGAAACAGACAAGCAGAGUAGAGUAAUAUCAGAAUAGGAAGUGGGAGCAAGCGCAUUUCAAUACUGUAAUUUAUAUAUAGUUCAAUGUCAGAGAAACCCUGGGACUAGAUAACAAGCCUCCAGGUGGAUGUGCCCCAACUGCCCUUCACUUUCCUCUUCCGCACGGGCAGAAUCUGCCUUCUGGACUGUGGGAUUCACGGUUGUUCUCCUCCUCUCCAUCCACCAGGGCUUGACUUCAGGUGCAGCAGAAUUCCCCAGCCCCCCAAGGAUUUGAGACCCAUCAGCUUUCCUCACCUGGUUUAGCCGGCCGGUUGAAGCCGUUCUUUGAACCCCUGUUGCAUGCUGACAGCUUCUGGAAGCCACAGGUGAGAGCUGAGUGCAGGGUGGGCACCAAGGGUGGAAAAAUGACCCCAGAAGGUGCAGGACAUGUCCCCCAUCAAAGGAACUACUGCUCCCCAAUACCCCAUGACAUCUAGAUGCAGGUAGGUAGCCGUGUUGGUCUGACACAGUUGAAAUAAAAAAUUAAAAAAUAGUCCAGUAGGACCUUAGGGACCAACUAUGAUUGUUCUAGGUAUAAGCUUUUGUGUGCAUGCACACUUCUUCAGAUACACUGACACAGAUGUCACCAGACCCUUGUAUAUCGUGGGAGGGUGGGGUGGGGUUUUUCUCAGAAGGGUACUCCCACUACCAUCUCCUACUACCCUUCACUAUAUGAAGAAGUGUGCAUGCUCACGAAAGCUUAUACCUAGAACAAACUUAGUUGGUCCCUAAGGUGCUACUGGACUAUUCUUUUUUACUUCAGCUGUGUCAGACCAACACGGCCAUCUACGAUUAAGUACAGUUAUGUCCUGCUUUUCAGUGUCACUUUAGGAUAGUCAGAAGACGGGCUCGAGAUCAGGCAGCACGUCAUCGUUACAAAGAACCAUUGGGGUGGGUGUUUCCGCCUGGGAUUCCCAUUUGCCAUCUGCUUUCCUUCUGCUUCUCCUGCUCUCUCCAUGCAAUGUGAGGCAUGUAGAUGGAGGUCCAUCUCCAAGAACAGGAGCUUCCCUGAGCACCCAUUCAGCUAACCCCAAGCACCAAGCCUUGUCACUAGUUCUCUGAUUGACCUAGACCACAGUCCCUGGAAAGGAUGUAGACCUGGGUCUUACAUAAUGGUCCACAUGGACCUCCUGAGGUCAGUGGGACUGUGCAGGUGAUUCAUGAAGAUCUAGAGGUGGAAACGGGGGGCAACCACUUGAUUUGAAAGGCAUUCUCGGAAUAAAAAUUCCUCCGGUUUCUUGCUAAAUGUAGUUUUUAUCAAUCUCUUUAUCUCUUCAUAAAUCAUGUUCCAAAAACUUUGUAUCUCUAGACAGGACCACCACAUAUGGUAGUAUGUUCCUAUCUGUUCCUUACAUCGCCAGCACUUGUUAUUAUUUGAUUUAUUUAUUUUUGCAAGUUUUACAGGGGUCAGGUACCACCUAUAGUACAUUUUCAUAAGAUUUUCCCUUAUAAGGAAACAAUCAGCCCAUUCCCCACAGUCCCAUUCCCCACAGUCAACACUGUAAUCCAGAAAGUAUUUAAAAGCAUGUUUCAAAGUCCUUCCAAAAUUAAGAGCCCUCACAACUCCAGACCCCCCCUGGUCCACUCCAGAUUCAAACUUCAAGAACAGCGGCUUAUACUCCUGCAAGGCCUCGGAUCUCUCCAUUUGUGUUACUUGAGGUUCAACAGCAACCUCCUCCAUUUUCUUCUGCACUUGCGCUUGCCCUGUCAAAACAGGUUCCUGGGCUGGUUCCUGAAUGGUUUCUAUAUGGGUAUUCGCCGUUUGUCCAAAGUUUUUAACUGCAACAGUCAUCAAAUCCAUCUUCUCAUGCAUCUGCUCCAGCAAAGCACUUGUCUUGCAAAAAGCAAGCACCAAGACUUCUUGUAAACACAUUUUUAUUCAAGGUUAGAGUCUGGUCUCACGAUCCUAAUCUUACAGCUGUGAGGUCCCCAGAUCGACUCCGGCAACAAAUUAACAAGCUCCCUCUAGAGGAGACAAUUUCUAUUUGUAUCCAUCUUUUGAAAGCAGGACCAACAAAGGAUAAUUACUUUCACUUUUCAAAUACUUUAUUUCUUUUGAUUGCAAGAAGCAACAUUGGAGUCAAUUUGUUUCUCUUUUUUUUUUUACUAUCUGUCAAAAGACGUUCCAUUCACAGUUGAUGAACUUCCCCAUAAAUUUCUGUCUCUGACACCCCGUUCCCAGGUUUGAGACGGUGGAAAUUUAUCUUUCUUUACUCUCUCUCCUGCAGGCUUAAACAGUCAAAAAUCCCCCUCUUUUCUCCUGCUUCCAAGAGGGGUUUUGGUGGUAAUAAAUGAAGGAAAUUUAGAACUUUAUAUACGACUUUCCAGACUUUAGCUUACAAAGUUUUUGCUUCAAUCUAUUUGCAAAAAACGGGAGGCGGACUUCCUGUUUAGAGCCUUCCCAUUUCAGUGCCAAAUGAAAAUGUUUCUUAAUCCAAUUUUCCGUUCUACUCACGGGUACUUGUUUAGAGUCCAAUUGUCCACAGGAAAAAGUCAGCGCUCUCUGGCAGCGGCUGUGCGGCUUCACUCCGUAAAAGUAGUGGUUGAUUCAAAACACCGCGCCACUCACCCCACGUCGCUUUGGAUCCCCGAAAAAGGGUUUCCCUGCGAGUAGGGGAGGCGCUCCUGGUGUCAGCCGAAUCCCACGUUCCCAGGCUUCCUCCGCCUGGGAUUUUUAAAGGGUCUCCGCCCUCGCCACGGUGGCAAGACCCGAUUUUCACAGAGCGGGUUCCUCUCGGUCAGAGGAACUCCGCCAUUGCCGAUGGCGCUGACCCGGAAGUCGAAUUUUAUAUUUUUAGUCCAUAAUUCGUUCCAAAUAUUGGGUUUGAUCGUAUGUCCCAGGUCCCUCUCCCAUUUUACUGUAAUUUAUUUGAUAUCUUCCUCCUUUCUUUGCCAAUUCAAAAGUAGUUUGUACAUUUUAGAAAGUGUCUUUUGAUUAUUAUAUAAAAUAUCCUUCUCCAGAUAGGAUAUUUUUUUGUCAAAUCCUUUGGUUCUUUUAUCCUUUUCAAGGGCGGCUUUUAAUUGAUAAUACUCCAGCCAGGUUAUUCCCUUCUGUUUCAAUUCACUUAGGCCCUUUAUUUUCGGAUCACUACUUGUUUCCUCUACUAAAUCCUUAUAUGUUAGCCAAUCGCUGUUCAUAUUCAUCCUGUGAACUGACAUAGAUUCCAUUGGUGACAGCCACCAUGGUGUUUUGGUUACUACUGAUUUUUUACUCCUCUCCCAUACUUCAUAUAAUGCCCUUCUCACAAUGUGAUUUAAAAAUCCUUUGUGGGAUUUAACCUUGUCAUAGCCUAUGUAGCCAUGCCACCCGUACACAAUAUCCCACCCCUCCAGAUCUAGGACUUCCGUGUUUUUAAUUAAUAUCCAGUCCUUAAUCCAUGUCCAACACACUGCCUCAAAGUACAGUUUAAGGUCAGGGACCGUGAAGCCUCCUUUUCCUUCAACUCUGUUAGUAGCUUAAAUUUUAUGCGUGGUUUUUCCCCUUGCCAAAUAAACUUGGCAAGGUCUUUCUGCCAAUCCUUAAAACACUUUACGCCUCUAAUUAUAGGUAUUGUUUGGAACAUAAAAAUCAUCUUUGGCAAUACCAUCAUUUUAACUGUGGAUAUUCUCCCCCACAGGGAUAAAUUCAAUUUUCCCCAAGUCUCUAAUUCUUUUUUUAUUUCCUUCCACUUCUUCUCAUAAUUGUCCUUAUAUAAGUUUAUAUUCUUAUUGGUGAUCCAAACCCCCAAAUAAUUUACCUUAUUGGCUACCUUUAAACCUGUUGUAUUUUCCAGUUCCUCUUGUUCCAACCUACGUAAAUUUUUCGUUAAUAAUUUGGAUUUUCCUUUAUUCAGUUUGAACCCAGAGACUUUCCCAAAUUCUUCCAGUUGUGCAAGCGUUUUUUGGAUACUUUCCACUGGAUUUUCAGUGGUUACGAUUACAUCAUCGGCAAAGGCUUUAAUUUUGUAGUAUCGAGUUCCUAGGUUAAUUCCUCUUAUAUUUUUAUCCUUUCUUAUUGCUAUUAAAAGUGGUUCCAAGGUGGCAAUAAAAAGAGUGGGGAGAGAGGGCACCCCUGUCCUGGCCCCCUUUCGAUGCUGAACUCUUCGGUGAUCUCGUUAUUUAUUAGCAAUUUUGCUUUUUUGGUUAUCAUAUAUCGCCCUAAUUCCAUUAAUUAUUUUCUCCAGACCUUUGAAAGUUUCCAAUAGGAAAUUCCAUGAUACUCUAUCAAAAGCUUUUUCUGCAUCAACCAAUAACAUGGCCAUCUUUUUACUUGGUUUCAUUUCCACAUAUUCCAACAGGUCAAUUAUUAUUCUUGUAUUGUCUUUUAUAUGUCUAUCCGGUAAGAAGCCCGCCUGGUCUCUGCUGAUUAUUUUGUUUAGAGUCUUUUUUAAUCUAUUAGCCAUCACCCCAGCAUAGAUUUUAUAGUCUGUAUUCAACAGGGAGAUUGGUCUAUAAUUUUUCAUGUCUGUCAACUCCACUCCCUGUUUUGGGAUUAGAGUGAUCAGUGCUUCUUUCCAUGAUUGUAGUAUAUCUUUCCCUCCCAGUAUAUUAUUCAUUAUUCUUUGUAAUAUAGGGAGGAUUACUUCUUCCAGGUUCUUAUAGUACAUUAAUGUGAUUCCGUCAAGACCUGGCGAUUUGCAACUCUUCAUUUUUUUUUAUUACUUGUGCCAUUUCAUCUGUUCCUAUAUUGGAGUUUAGGGCCUCAACUUCUUCUUUUUCAAUUCUUGGUAAUUUAUUUUGUGGUAAAUACUCUUCCAUUUUAUUAACCUCUAAAUGUUCUUGUUUAUACAAAUCUUUAUAAAAGUUUAAGAAUUUUAUUUUUAUUUUUACUGGGUCUGUUAUUUCCUCUCCUUGGUCCAAAAUUUUAUUGAUAACUUUUUUGUUUGCUUUUCCUUUAUCAUCCAUGCUAACAACUUACCGGGCUUAUUGGCGGACUCAAAAUACCUUUGUUUUCCCCAUUUAAUUUUAUUUUCUACUUCCUUAUUUAAUAUACUAGAGAUAUGGGAUUGCAAUAUCUUUAUUUUUUUGUAAUAUUUCAUGACUUUUGGGAUUUUUGAUCAACUCUUUUUCAUUAAUUCUUAUCUGUUUAGUUAGCUCUUGGAUAUUAUUGUCUUUUAUCUUCUUCAGCCUAGCCAUUUGUUGUAUUCCAAGACCCCUCAUGUACGCUUUACUAAACUACAUUUAUGUCUGCAUUUUGUUUCCCAUUUAUCUCGAAAAAUUCCGCUAACUUGAUUUUUGCUUGCGUCACCCAUUGGUCGUCUCUCCAUAUAAUUUUUACUAGGAAUGGUUUCAGAUAAUAUUCCCAAAAACAAAACUAGGCUAUUUAUGUACGCAACGUCAGCAGCAAGGGUUGUAGUGGCAAAACACUGGAAAGAUAAAAAUAUACCCACUAAAGAGGAAUGGGUAGUCAAAUUGUGCGAGUACUUGGAGUUCGCAAAGCUGACAGAUGCAAUAAGAGAUAAACCUUAAAAAAUGGUGAAAGAAGAAUGGGAAUAUUUAAAUAAUUAUGUAGGGGACAAGGGCUCAACAAGAAAGACCUGGCUAUGUUUAGAAUGAUACCGCAUAGAGAAAUGCUCCCUGAUACCAAGAUGAGGGAUUCCUUUGGAAUGCAGAUAGAGAGAAUUGAUAAGAAUAAUGAUCUGUUGUGAGCUUGACAGAAGUGUACAAUAGAUGAGCUUUCCUGCUUUGGCUCAUUUUUCUUUUUCUUUUUCUCUUUUUCUUUUUUCUUUUUCUUUUUUCUUUUAUCUUUCCCAUAGUUGCUUAUGUUCUGUGUCAUGUACCUCAAUAUUUUUGUAGUCUUUUUUCAUUUUUUUCAUUACUAUUAAGGAAUUUUCCUUUGUAAUUUUGGUUGUUUAUAUUUCUAAGUACCUGUUUACAUGUACCUGUUUAAAGCAAAAUAAAGUUUUUUUUAAAAAGAGAAGAAGAAAAAAGAAAGAAAGGCAGUCUCAGAGGACAAUGGUAUACUAAGAUCAUUCUGUGUUAUUAAAGAUGAUUGAGGAUUAUGAAAGGUUGCUGAUGCAUUACUACCAUUUGACAUCAUACCAUUUUCAUUUCCUAAAAUUUGGGAACAUGGGUAGGACAUGGGAGAAUGUAGGAGAUGUUGAAAUACGAGAAGGUGCUAAUGGAGGUUGAUGUGUCCUUUUUUUUCUGUGUUCUCUUUCCUAAAACCCAAACAGGAUUUCCUUUCUGCCCACUCUGAAAAAGGUGAUGGAGAAGACAGAAUUGCAGGGGACAGGGCACCUUUCGUUUCAUUAGGAAUAGCCAUUAAAAUGUGUGAAAUGUGGAAUAUGCUUCACUGA